GGCUGGCCCGUGUGAAAUUGAAACACGAAGGGCUUUCGGUUUCGGGUGCCAGUCGUAAACAUGGUUGUCAAGGUGAAAUUGAAACACGAAGAGCCUGUGAACUCUCACACUCCCUCAAAACGAUUACUGUAUUUCAAAAGAUUCUGCUUCAUUUCAUCUCAGCCGAUUCUUCGACACUUGCAGCGAUUCUGAUCUCUGUUUCGCACUCAAAUUCUGUAUUUUUGUUUUAUUUUGGCUGACUUCUCAGCAACUGUUAGUAUGAAUCCAAUGAUCCGGACAAUGGUUCCACCUCCGUUUCAGCAGAUGGCACCUGCACCAUGGUUUCCACCAUCACCACCAGUGACUAGCGGUUUUUGGAACACCACAAAUGUGCAAGGUUGCCUGAAGAAACUCCGAAACACUCUUGAUCUUGCAGAAGCAAUGGAGAAAGAGUUGGAGACGCUUAUUGCAAUGAAAAGUACCGAGCAACAUAUUGAAGGAACAGAUGACAGAGCUAAAGAAACUGCAACCGGAAGGCUUUCGAAGUUUUUAGAGAAUAACAGGAUGUCAUUGGAUACUCAAGAGAAAAUCUCACUGGAAGCAACUAACGGUUUGAUAGUGAAGCUAAAAAACGAUCUUGAACCAUUUAAGGUUAUAACCGAUGAUAAAACGCCAUGGGAGGAGAAAUCUGCAGCAGUGAGACUGUCGAAUAAAAUGCAAAAGCACAAAAGAAACAAACUUUGGCGGAAAAGAAAGAGACAACGCGUUGGGGAAAUGCUUGCAAAGGAACGCGAGCGAUUUAACCAAGUUGAUCAAGAAGCUGAUGAAUGGAGGGCUAGGGAAAUUGCAAAGGAAACCGCUAAGCGUAAGGUCGAGAAAAUGAAGGAAAUUGCAAAACAAAAGGCUAACGAGGAGAGAAGGAGAUUAGAAUCUGAGCUUGAGCUACUGUUGAUUGUGGAGAAGUUGCAAGAAUUACGGUCCAUCAGGAUUCAGAAAUUAACAAAACAAGGCCAUUUUCUCCCGGACGAGGACAACAAAUUUCUUGAAAAAAUUCGUGCUGCGGUUGAGGAAGAGGAGCGGCAAGCAAUGGCGGCUGCCGACACAGGUGCCGCUAAAGACGCCAUUGCAUCCGCUGAGGAAUCUCGACAUGCAACAGGUGCGAGCGCUAUAAAUCCAGAAGAUCAAACUAACGUGAAAGAUGGAGAUAAAGUAAAUGAGGAAAAAAUAACCGACACUGAAGCAAAAGGAAGCUCAACGGCUGCUACUGAUAUGGAAUCCGGGAAACAAAGAGCCAAAGUUGCAGGCUCUGCCACUGGAUAUGAUUUUUCAGCAAGUUUGCCACUUGAGUUUUAUCACUAUUAUCAUGGAAGCAAUACUGAUAUGGGAACACUAAUCGAGGUCAGACGAACAUGGGAUGCAUAUAUAAGACCUGGAGGAAGUCGAAUACCCGGUCAUUGGGUUCAACCACCUCCACCAGCUGACGAUAUCUGGGCAUCCUACCUCGUGAAGCCCCGAUAAACUUCAUACCGGUCGCAUUAAACUGUUUAAACUCUGUAGCAGCUGCUAUACUUUUGGUAUGUUUCUUAUAUGCUCAAGAAAUACCAACAUAAUAUCUUGCAAUUCAUGCUCAACUUUUUCCUUGUAUUGAUGAACAUCAAUGUGAUUCAUUAGUGUAUAUCAUGUAGGUAUAGGUUUACCUGAUAGGAUACUACUAAGAUCUAGAAAAUCUAGCAGGUUAAAAGGCCCGAUUCGAGAGGGGCUAUGUCUCCGAUACAUAACAAACACACAUAAAUAAAACUUAAACAACCACAAAGGGAAAAGCCUGAUUUACUGGCUACGUA